GCCUUCUAUGUUGCAAUAACCAUAUAUAUUUAUUUUACAUUUUUUUUUCACUUUCAUUUCUGUGGAGAGUCCGCGAGCUCGAACCUAAAACCGAACCAGUCUGGCGCUGCAGGCUCGUCGUCGUACCUCUUUCAAUUUUGUCUACAUACCUCAUUAUUUUUCAUAUAUUUUCACUGAUGUUCUCAUUUUUUAAUCUGAAAAAGUGUUUAACUUCGAAUUAUGCUUGUGACAACACGGUUUUUUAUCGUAAUUAUCGUGAAUGGUGACGAAUCCCAGUGGUUCACCUGAUACGAACAUUGUCUAUUUUUAUCACAACCUUUCGAGCAAGAGUUUGAAAACCGUCUGGAGAGCUUAGAUUUUAGUGACUAUAUCAACGAAACUCAGAUAACACGAAUGAAACAUGGCGUCGGUUCUGGUGAACAUGGCCAUCGACAGAUACAUAAACCUUGUGGAUUCUAUAAGUGACCCUCGAGUGAACGACUGGCCAUUAAUGGACAGCCCGUUCCCAACACUUAUCAUGGUCAUCACAUACUUAUAUAUCGUCACAUACUUGGGACCUAAAGUAAUGGCCAAUCGAAAACCCUUCAAACUGAACAAUAUACUAGUAUUUUACAAUGCUGGCCAAGUCAUCUUCAGUCUCGUCAUGCUGUGGGAGCACUUAAUGAGUGGAUGGUUGUUGGACUACAGCUACAAAUGUCAACCAGUCGACUAUUCACACAAUCCUACUGCACUGAGGAUGGCUAACUUGUGUUGGUGGUACUACAUAUCCAAAUUGACAGAAUUCGUCGACACGGCCUUUUUUGUAUUAAGGAAAAAGGACAACCAAAUAAGCUUACUUCAUUUGUACCACCAUUCGCUCACACCGAUCGAAACAUGGAUUUGCGUCAAAUUCAUUGCUGGUGGCCAUGGAACAUUUUCAAACUUGGUAAAUAAUAUGGUACACGUAAUCAUGUACUUUUACUAUAUGAUGUCUGCAAUGGGACCACAAUAUCAAAAGUACCUCUGGUGGAAGAAGCAUUUAACUACCAUCCAAUUGCUUCAAUUCACGUUAGUGUUUUUCCAUUCAGCGCAAGUGCUAUUUUUCGAUUGCGGAUAUCCAAAAUUAGUGGCUGCCCUCCUUUUGGUCCAUUCGACCAUUUUCUUUGCUCUAUUUUUUGACUUCUAUCAACAGGCGUAUAAAAAGAACAAGCUACUUCAAUCAAAAUCACAGUAAACGCACUACAGAGUGUUACAUUAAGCGACUAAAAUCCAAUACUACCAAUACAAAUCAUCCAAUUAUUACAAAAUUAAUGUUUAAGAAAAUAAUCGUUUUAUAUCAAUUGCAUAAGCAAUUGUAACUGAUGGAUUAUUUAUCCACUCACAGCUAAUUUGUAUUAUAUAUUUUUGUACUUGUAAAUGUGACCUAUUUAAGUUGUUCCCAAAAAGUUAGAUAUAAGUAAAGAAUGUACGUUGGUUCGUAAGCCAAUAAAGGCAAUCAAAUCUGUGCAUUAAUAUUUUAAGUUUUUAAGACAAAUAAUUAUAAUCAAAAACUAGUGAUAAUUGUUUUCAACUAUAAAUUUAU